AUGGCUUUAGCUAAACGUAUAAAAUAUCCGAGUGUUAUUGAAAGAUAUUAUACAAAAUAUUAUCGUACUAAUGUUCAUAAUGAAUUAAAUAAUGAUAUGCUUGUACUUGUUCAUUCAAAUCGUGUUUGUGUUUUAAUGCUUUCUGAACAACAUCCAAUUAUAGAAAAAUCUUUACUAAUUAAUUCAAUUGAAUCAUUAGCUAAUAUUAAUCAAUCUAUGAGUGGUAAAUCAAAACGUGGUGCUGAUUAUGUUCAACCAAAUAAAUUACUUUAUCGUAUAAAAUGUGAAAAUAAUCAAAAUUUUACUAUAUGUGCAAGUAUAAAAGGACGUUUAGUUGAAUUAAAUGAUGAAAUUAUAAAAACACCUGAACUUUUACAAAACAAAUCACAAGGUGAAGGUUAUUUAGCAAUACUUAUUCCAUCUUUAAAAGAUGGAGAAAAUAAUCUAAAAUUAUUAAUAAAUGAGCAAGAUUAUAUUUUAUCAAAACAAUCUUCAUAA